AUGAGCGCGGCGCUGACGAGUCCGUCGUCGCUUGACACAGACCACCUCAACCUGCUCUUUGCGCACCCAGCCUCGGUAUCGUCUGUCAACCGCGUCUCGCAGGCGCUCCAGUCUCAGCAGAAUGAGCUGGCCGCGGAGAUCAGUGCCCUCGAGUCGGCGCAAGCCUACCAACCCGACUCGAGCCUAGAGCGCAUGCAGUCGGCCCAGACGGAGCUUGCGCAGCUCUUUCGCAAGAUCGAAACCGUACGGUCCCGCGCCAUCGAGACAGAAGAAAACAUCACAUCCAUGACGGCCGAUAUAAAACGACUCGAUGGAACAAAGAAGAACCUCACGCUCAGCAUGACGGCCUUGAAGCGCCUGCAGAUGCUGACAACUGCGUACGAGCAACUACGCGGGCUUGCCAAGACGCGACAGUAUCGUGACUGCGCAGGCCUUUUGCAAGCUGUGCUGCAGCUCAUGAAGCAUUUCAAUAGCUACCGCAGCAUUGAGCAGAUUGCCGCACUAAGCCGCGAAGUCUCGGAGCUCCAGCGCGAACUGUUAGAACAGGUCUGCGAGGACUUUGAAAUGGCAUUCGCCAAAAGCGAGGUCUCUACCAAACGCAGCAUGCUUGUGGAAUCAUGCUUGGUCAUGGAUGCCCUCGGAGACUCGGCAAAGUCGAGGCUGGUGACGUGGUAUGUCAACACGGAGCUGCGCGAAUACCGCCAGGUGUUUCGCGGCAAUGACGAAGCUGGCAGCCUCGACAAUAUCGGUCGCCGCUACGCUUGGUUCAAACGCAUGAUGAAGACACAUGAAGACGAGCAUGCGGUCAUCUUUCCGACACACUGGCACGUCAACGAGGUUUUGGCAACGGCUUUCUGCGACGGCACGCGGGACGACUUCAAGGGCAUCCUGGAACGCAGCAUGCGUCGUGCAGACGGAGCAAAGAUCGAUGUAAAUCUACUGUUAUCUUGUUUGCAAGAAACACUCGACUUUGAGCAGAGUCUUGAGAGGCGCUUCUCCAAUGAGCCACGGGGGAGCAUCGAUACACUAAGUUCUACCGAUGGAAAGAUAUACGCUUUCAAUGGUCUUAUUUCAGUUGCAUUCGAGCCCUACCUCAGCUUAUGGGUAGACUCGCAAGACAAGCAACUGGCUACAAUGAUACCAAAAUACAGAAGCCAACCUUUGAUACCGCCAGAUGACGAGUUCUCACCACAAGCGGUGAUGCAAUCUGCCAUUGAGCUGUUUCACUUUUACAAGCUCACCCUAUCACAAUGCGCAAAGUUGUCGACUGCGGAGCGGUUGCUGGAUCUAUCAAAAAUAUUGGCAAAAUACCUUGAUGAAUAUGCACAGCAAGUCCUGCUACACAAGCUGCAGGCCUCUGGCCAGGCCAUACCGGCUAUGCAGGACUGCAUUUUGGUGCUAAAUACAGCCGACUUCUGGCACGCCAAUACGAAUCAACUGGAGGAAAACAUAAAAAAGCGCAUAGACUCCGAGCUAGUUGGCAAAGUCGACCUUUCCUCACAGUCGGACGCCUUCCUUGGUGUUGCCAGCGCCUCCGUCCUGGCCCUGGUGCAGAUUGUGGAACAGGACUAUGAAGGCGUCUGGCGCGAGAUGAAGAAUACAAACUGGAGCACAAUAGAUACCGCGGCUGAUCAAAGCUCAUAUGUUGGCGAGCUGGUCAAGCAUGUCAAUAACAAGACGGCAGAGAUUCUGGCCGUGGUUGGUAAACAACAGUACGCCCGGGCCUUUUGUGACAAUCUUGUCGAGCGCUUGGCAACAAACUACAUCAAUAACAUCGUGCAAUGCCGGCCGAUAUCAGAGACCGGGGCACAGCAGUCGUUUGGUACGCUGAUCCUGCAUCACAAUCCAUCAUCGAUACCUCAAGCGCCUCCUGCUGGUUUCGUACGGAGAGUAGAACAGUCGAUGGGCCGCAUAGACCCAUUACUCAAGACGCUGCAAAUCCGACCGUCUCCGCCCGAAGGACUGGUGCAAGCCUACCUCAUCCACAUUGGCGACAAGUCGGACACCAAUUUCCGCAAGAUCCUCGAGCUCAAGGGUGUGCGCAAGCAAGAUUAUGCGUACCUGACGGAGCUCUUUGCCGUUCACCGCGAGGGCGCCGGCCACGACAAGCUGGUGGCGAGCUCGCCGCUGCUGACCCCGCUCAUGACCACGACGUCGUCGAGCCUUACUAGUAGCGCGACGACGGUUGGGGGCACCAUCAACGCUGCGGCCGCGCUGACCGGCGCGGCGGCCACGGGGGCGCGGGGCUUCGAUGCCGGCGCGCUCGGCGAGAAGCUACUGAGCGCGGCCCGCGAUAUCGGCACGGCGAGCGCGGCCAUGCCGAGCGGCUCGGAAAAGGCCACCAUCAACGAGAACCUGCGGAAUUUUGGCAAAUUUUUUCGGCGGGACAUUGGGGGACUGGGCGCCAGGUUCGGAAAACGGGACGGAAGCCUCGGUGCCGAGGGAGAACAGCGAUGA